AUGGACGAGCAAUCCAGCGAAUCUCAGAAAGAAAUGAAUAAAAAACAAACCAAAGUCACAUCACCCCUCCCACAAGCUACUGUCCAGAACAAAGCGAAAAGCGUUACGAAAUCAGCUACAAGCCACACAAUGCUAGGAAAUGAGAAGGGGUCGAGUAAAGAAGCCAAAUCAGGACAUCUAUCUAAGAUGAAGACGCCAUCAACUUCAUAUGCUGCCAAAGUUCAGGGGAAGGAUGUGCACCCCACACCAGAAAAAGGAAGCGUCAAAGGAAGAAAAAUCAAAUUUUCCUCAUACCAUGUGAAUGUGAAGUCUGUGCAGGAAGAUGCUCAGCACCCUAAAGCUAAUUCUACAAAAGAAGCCACAGGGAUUGUGAGACGAGCAUGGCUAUCAAACGUUGUCGAUUUUUGGGCUCUCGAGUCCUCCAGGAAAGAAUAUAACCAAUCUAGCUAUGGUUAA